AUGAUCCGCCAUCCCGCCGCGCCUCCGCCCUGUCCUCCCGAAGCAAAGCUCACCUUCGGCCGCUUCCCAGUCUCCCGCUCCAUCGAAUACAAUCGGGACUUCAACCGCCUCGACAUCACCGGCCCCCGUGGGUUCCACCACAUCCGCCGCCCCAGAACAUCCGCCCCAGACCGGACCUCAAUUAUCGUCGCCAUCGCAGGCGCCUGUCCGAACAACGGCACCGGAGGCGCUCAGCGCUCAUCCUGCGGCGUGUAUUUCGGCGACAGCUGCCGCGAGACCCGAGGCUUCAGGGUCGACUCCGGACCCGCCACCCCGCACACGAACCAGCGCGCCGAGCUCCACGCCGCCAUCGCCGCCCUCGAUGCCGUGAAGCCGUUUUGCGAGAAGGGGGGGCAUUGGGGCAGUACCACAAGCGUGGACAAACAGUGCAGGGUGACGCAUGUCGUGAUCAAGUCGCAUUCAUCCUACAUCGUCGAGGCCGUCGGAGGCGGCAAACGGGGACAGUCCCCGUACAUGAAGACGUGGAUGGCGAACGGCUUCGUGACUGCCCAAGGUUGGAGCAUAAAGAACCUCGACCUUUGGCAGGAAGUAUUGCAGCACCUGCGGGAUUUGCAGAAUCUGGAUUCGUUUGUUGAGUUUUGGCUGGUGCCGAAGGCUGAGAACCAGGCGGCUCGCGAGCUUGCGAGUGCGGGGCAAUCCAGACGGGCUGCGGCAGAAGAAAUGAUGGCUUGCUUCAGAAACGCUUAUGGCCCUUUCCCGACGGUGAAGAAAGAGCCAAAGUGA